GCUCGCAGGAUUCAGAGCGGACAGGAAGGUUUCCUGAAUACGCGCGGGCUUAUUCAACUGUCUUCAACGUCCGAAUCCUGGCCGUUGCUGUAGUGGAGACGCGCGCCCUGUGUUCAAAUUCACACACAGGCGGGAAGAGCGCGACUGAUAGCGGAGCGUGGGCUGUUGUGGCGGGAAUCAUGCUGUCGUUGACGUUCGCUUGUCGCGUGCUGCUCAUUGUUUUGAUGUCGGAUUCAGUUCAGACAGCGGACAAAUCUCAGUUGCUGGUCUCUGACAACCUGUGGCCUCAGGCGUGUGCGCUGGACUGCGCUAGAGGGCGUCAUCGAGCAGUAUGUGGCAGCAACGGCCAAAUGUAUAAGUCUCUGUGUGCCUUCCAACGUGCCCAGUGCAUCAACAACCAGCUGACGACAGCCGCACGGUCAGUCUGCACAGAUGCGUUGAGUUCAAAGUGUCAGCUGGCUCGCUCUCAAGCUCUGCGGGCCAGCGCUCGCUCGGAUUCCGUCGCCAUCUUUAUUCCAGAAUGCAAAGCCGAUGGAACCUAUGCAGAGGUGCAGUGUCACAAUCAGACCGGUUACUGCUGGUGCUCCACCCCUGAUGGGAUACCUGUCAGCAGAAGCUCUGUCCUACACCUGCAACCCAACUGCACCAGUCAGAUGUCCGAUCAUGCUCUGGAAACUGAUGUGGAAUCAGCACAAGCAAAGCGAGGCAUUCAUUGGCGAUCUUCUCCUGACCCUGAACAGCGCCCUUUGCAGACUCCUACAGGAGUCACUGCACCUCCGUUUUGGGUGACCAUCCAGUUGAACUCUGACCCAAAGGGCAACCGCUCCCUCAGACGACCCAAAAAUACUCUAAAGACCUGUAACCACGAGAGAACAUCUGUGCUGGCCGAAACAGCCCUCCAGUGGUCAGAGGAGCGUUUUAUCCCAGAGUGCAGUGCAGAUGGGCGAUACAAAAUGGUUCAGUGUCACAGUAGCACAGGAUACUGCUGGUGUGUCAGAGUGGACUCGGGAAGGCCCAUUCCUGGCACCUCUACAAGGAACCAAAUGCCUGACUGCAGCCGUCAGGAAACUCACACAGUCAUCGUCAACAACAGCUACACACAAACAUCUCUCUCAGGAUGUCCCAGUGUACAAAAGACAGACUUUCUGCAGAAUUUGAUUCAAGAAUUUCAACAGGACGUUGAAAAGGGUGGUCUAUCUCCUACACACAGGACAACCGAGGACCAUCCUCCUGUCUCCACCUCUUCUCCAUCUCCCUCUCUCCCUCUCUCACUUCCUGUUAGAGCUCUCCAGUGGUACUUUGCACGGCUUGACAGAGAUGCUAACGGGAUUCUCAACGAGCACGAAACACGACCGUUACGACUCCUGCUCCGCAAAACGUUACAUCCUCGCCGCUGUGCCAAGAAAUUCAUGCAGUUCUGCGACAAAAAUGCAGACCGCGUCCUAAGUGCUCUAGAACUUAUCUCCUGUGUCACCGUCUGAGGACAAACUACAAAUGUUGUGCAUGUUAUCUUUGGAAAUCGUUGCAGUCCAGUUUGACCUUCAUCUCUAUAAUGGCCUCCGAGUCUCAGACUGUAGCAUUCGAUCCCUUCACUCUAUUUUUUUUACUCUUGUUCAGUCUUGCCAGCGUUGUGACCUUUUCACUUAUGCAUGUCCAAACAAAGGACUUGUUAUUGGUUUUGUAAAAAUAACUGCAGGUAAGCCUUUCAGACUGCUGAAGUCUGAAGUGUGUUUUUCAGUGUCUGAGAGUGAGAAUGUUUCAUACUGAGUUUGGGCAUGUGUAAACACCAUGGUACAUGAACAUGGUGAUCAUUCGGUAACAUGGUAUACAGUCCAAAAAUCUGAGACUACAUUGAAAUGCUGGAUUUUUUUUUUUUUCAUUAAAACUUAGAAAUAAACAAAGUCUA